UCCCCGACAGGCCCGCCGGGAGCUGCUGAGCGGCGGGGGGAGCGGGCCGGGACAUGGAGCGGUGGGUCGGGGCCGCCGGGGGCUGGGGCUCCCUCUGGGGAGCCGACUGGGUCUGCUGGCCGGGCUGGGAGUUCUUGGCUGCCUGCGCGGUCAUCGGCGCCGUGGGCUGGCUACUGCGGCUGCUGGAGAGGAGGCCGUGCGGCCGCGGGGCGCCAGCCGCCAUCUCCUCUGCGGCGGCCCGCUCCGCCCCGGCGCCGCUCUGUGCGGGGAGCCGGCGCUGCAGCGGGAGCCGCCCAGGUGAAAUCACGAUGGAUGCAAUAUUAUCCCGAUUGAAGCAGCUCACCCCUGAUGAGCUUAGAGAAGAAAUUAUAAGAGCGGGACUGAAAUGUGGGCCCAUUACCUUGACCACUAGGUUUAUUUUUGAAAAAAAAUUGGCUCAGGCAUUGUUAGAGCAGCAGCAGCGAGGAGCGUCGGAGGAAGAAGGAUCUGCUCUGUCGGAGGAGGCUGCUGGAGAUGUCCCAUCUGAUGGCAGCCGGGCAGAAGCACAAAAGGCUUUGAAAACUGUGGCACCGAAUCGCAAUGGCCAUGGAGGUGUUUCCGAAGAGGUGGACUUUGGGUACUGUGUAGGUCUGAACCCUCCGGAAGAAGAUGCUGUGAUGCACGUGAACUGUUCAGCCCCAGUCUGUGGAGCAGGCAGUGCUGAUUCACAGAGCAGUACUCAGGCGCUCUCCAGAGACCCUCCGCUAUUCUAUGGUGUUUGUCCAGUUUACGAUGACAUACUGGCAAGGAAUGAGAGAGUACACGUUUACGAAGAUAAAAAAGAAGCUCUCCAAGCUGUUAAGAUGAUUAAGGGGUCCCGUUUUAAAGCUUUUUCAAACAGAGAGGAUGCUGAGAAAUUUGCCAAAGGAAUCUGUGAUUAUUUCCCGUCUCCAAGCAAGUCCUCUGUAUGUUUGUCUCCAGUGAAAAUGGGAUCAUUUAACAGAGAUGGCUUAUGCUCCCCUGAGACUGAAACUGCUAAUAAGGAGAGAGCCAACAGUUAUAAAAGUCCACGUACUCAAGAUCUUACUGCUAAACUUCGGAAAGCUGUGGAGAAAGGAGAUACAGCAACAUUUUCAGAGCUUAUUUGGAGUAACCCUCGCUAUCUGAUUGGGUCAGGAGACAAUCCAACAAUUGUACAGGAAGGGUGCAGGUACAAUGUCAUGCAUGUUGCUGCCAAGGAGAAUCAGCCUGGUAUCUGCCAGUUAUUACUGGACACUUUAGAAAAUCCUGAAUUUAUGAGGCUUAUGUAUCCAGAUGAUAAUGCUGUGAUGUUGAAGAAUCGCAUCCAAUAUAUUGUUGACCUUUACCUUAAUACACCAGAUAAAAUGGGAUUUGAUACUCCAUUGCAUUUUGCCUGCAAGUUUGGCAAUUUGGAUGUUGUUAAUGUGCUUACCUCACACCCAGCUAUUGUAAAAAAUCCAAGAAACAAAUAUGAUCAAACUCCAGCAGAAGUAGUUUGUGAAAGAAGCAAGAAUAAAUCUGCAGAAUUGAAAGAAAAAAUAAGAGAGUACUUGAAAGGUCGAUACUAUGUACCACUCUUGAGAGCAGAAGACAAUUCCUCAGCUCCUGUAAUUGGUGCACCCUGGUCACCCGAUCAGACAGAUGAUAGCCCCCAAAGAACUUUAUCUAAAUACACUGGCAGCCCCAAAGAUCCAGUGUUGUCGAUAAGAGCUUUCGCAGGCCCCAUGAGCCCCUCAAAGGCUGAAGAAUUUCGUAGGCUGUGGAAGACUCCCCCUCGAGAGAGAGCUGGCUUCUUUCACAAUGUCAGGAAAUCUGAUCUGGAGAGAGGUGUUGAAAGAGUUGGAAGGGAGUUAGCUCAUGAACUGGGGUUCCCGUGGGUUGAAUACUGGGAAUUUCUGGGCUGUUUUGUUGAUCUGUCUUCCCAGGAGGGGUUGCGAAAAUUAGAAGAGUACCUGAGUCAUCGGGAAAUGAGCAAAAAGGCUCAGCAAGAAACAGGGGAAAAUGAAACCUGCAAUAGAUAUAAAACUCCACAUCCUUCUGGCAAGGGUAAAAAGUGCUGCAAUUCUAUUUCUGUUGGAGCGUUUUUGGAUGAGGAUGAUGAUGACAUGAGCUUAGAAGAAAUUAAAAACAGACAAAAUGCAGCACGGAAUAUCAGCCAACCUCUUGUGUCCAAGAAACCUAGCAUUGCUGCUAUCGGAGAUGCCGAGUGUGAUAUCUUGUCAAUGGAGCACACGGGAAACAUUAUAGAAACAUCAGAUCACCCCAGGCACUACGAAAAGGCAUCUUCUUCCACCAAAAAUGGAUUUUGUAAUUCUGUGUCCAGUGAAAGGACAAUUAGUGAGAGAAAGCAUUUGCAUCAUGGAGAAGAAUGCUUUGUAUCACCUGUUUCGAAUUUAAUGUCGGAAUUUGAAAGCCUGUCAUUCCAAGAGCAAGAGGUUGCAGGAGAAUCAAAUAAAAUCACUGAAAAAGAUGUGAAUGAGAGAAUUGUGGCUGAAGGAACAAGUCAGGUGAGAAUAUCCAAGGACCAUCUGGAUAAGACCUGCUAUGCAGUUUCACUGGCAAGUUCUUCUGAGCCAAAGGUUGCAGGUAAACCUGGAGAGACCAAGUUAAGGACAGAACACAAAAUACCAUCAGAAAAGGAGAGACUGUCUGCGGAAUCUGGAAUUCAGACUAAUGGGGCACAACGACAUCGAGAACUUUCUUCCCAGAAAUUUCUUUCAAAGGCUUCACCCACAAAUGACAAUUCUAAGAAGUUAUUCCUGCUUGGGGAGCAGCCCUCGAAGCUGGAUAGUGAUGUCUUAGCAGCUAUAGAAGCAGCAGAGAUUGAUCCACAGAAAUACCCGAUUAUUUACAGAUGGAGACAUGCUGUGCAGUCAUACUCCUCCUCUGACAGGCAAAGUUGGCCUAGUCCAGCACUGAAGGCAAGAUUCAAGUCCCGAACCACCGCUGCUGGACUUCCAUAUGCUUCGGUGAAUUCUAAUUCGGGAAGAAAUAGUCCCAUAACAGGAAGUCCAGGAAAAUCUGGCAGUGCCACCUCGUUCUCUCCGGACCCUGGGAGUCCUGGGCGCUACAGUCCCGCGUGCGUCAACCAUGCUCUGUUAAAACUGCGUUAUUUUCCAGAGCCUUCUGCCCACUAAAAUGUGAUUCAUCUUCCUGGGACUUCAAUUAUGUUUUCAUUGUUAGAGUGGGGGGAAAAAAUUACGAUGUUACUGAAGUGACAUGAGGUUUGUACUUUGCUAUUUAUUUUUCCUCAAUUGAGGACACUUGGAUGUUAAAAAAAGAAAAAAAAAGAAUAUAUGUCUUUAUGCCAUAUAUGGGAUAGAUUACUGGUGAUAGCAAGAAGUUAGUGACAGUGCAGUUGUCUAGUAGCUAUGAAUUAACCCUUGUUGCGAGUAAAGCAGUAAACUGAACCUUUACUUAGAAACGGUGGCAUGUUACUGUCACCAGUUGUCACUACUGUAAUGAACCUGUUAGCCCUCAGCUGCAUUUCUUUACUUGGAUAGUCUGGAGGAGGCAGAUCAUCAGUAAACGGAAAUUUUAUGAGAGGAAAUUGAUGGCAAGGAGUAGAAUGUUCUUCCGCUUGCAGGGGGAACGCUCAAAGUGAAAAGCCUAAACCAAGGCGUGGGUAAGGACAGGAUGCUUCUCAGUGCUGAGUAUGAAUGGGAAUCCCGUGCAUAAACAGAAGGUGUUUAAAACCAGCAGUUUGGUCGAAACAGUUGAGUACCUGCACACACUUAGAUAUGGGUGUGUAUGUGUGCACGUGUUCACCCUGAAACCUCAAGUCUUCGCUUGUUCUGAGGCUGUUAAAAACACCGUGAUACAUAGAGUGUUUUAGUAAAGGGGCACUGUAGACAUUACUGGUAUUCCUUUCAAUGUUAGCUUGAAGAUUGAAAAAAUAUUAGUGUUUUUCUUUUCCCCACAGAAGUUUUAACGUUAGCAGAUUUUAAUAGCUAUUACACAAAAGCACAUCAGCAAUAAUUUCAGCAAAUUUACCAGCAAGAUACCAUAAUGGACUAGUGUGUAAUAGUGUGGUGGCCAGUGAACCACGAUGUGGCUCCUUAUUUCCCAACAGUAAAGACAGGAAUAAGGACUAAAAUUAUUUUUUUUUAAAUCUAACCUUUUACUAUGUCUCUGGUCUUGAUGUGGUAAUGAGUUUUUGUUACAGCAGUCAGUAAUUUUAUUCUUCAGCCCUCUGUGAGAAUGGCUUGUUUUGACAGUGCAAUGCUGAGGUUGAAGAAUGCUUUUCAAAACUCAAGACAGUUUUCUGUAUUGAGCUUAAUGGUUGUCAUGUUUCUUGAAAGGCGGCUUCCAGAAGCAGUUCUCUAGUGCUGAUAGUGCUUCGGUUCCUUACAAUGGAAAUACCAUCAGAAAACUGAAGUCUGCCGAGGCCGUGCUGGUAGGAAGGGGUGGAUUUGGAUUCACUGGUGCCACCCUGUAGGUGAGAACUGAGGGAGCUCCUUGGGCACCCGCAGCUGUUUCCACCCGCUCUCACCACUGUGGGGCUGGAUUUAAAGAUCCGGAUCUUGACGGGUUCCGUGGCUGUUGCACGUUGCAGUGACUGUUUGUGCGCAAACCCUACACCCUGCAAUAGUUUCGUGAUUUGGUACAAACCUAAAAAAAAAAAUGCACUUAAUGCUUUUGCAAGCUUGAUAGUGCCUUUUGUAACGCUUUUUUAAACUAAAUUUUUGGUUUUUUAGAAGUUAAAAAAAAAAAAAGUGGCAUCCACUUACUAUGGGCACAUAGAGCUUUUCUUCUGGGCUUUCUGAACAGAAUGUAUUUUAAUGCCUCUCUCUUUUUCUAAGUUUGAUUAUUUGGUGCAGUAGCUCUCUGCUGGGGGAGAGCAUUCCUAUUUUAGAAAUUAUUUUUUAAAAAAGGCUUAUUUAGCUCUUUCUUUAUAAUUAAGCUUAUUUUUAAUGACCUGGACAUUAGAAAGCACUGCUUUACACAAACGUCUUAACGUUAUUCAGUGAUACUCCAGACAACGGGGUGGGGGGCGGUGGUGUCGUUUUUUAAGAGGCAUUUAAAAAAAAAAACCAAAACUUGCCAUGUUACCAAGUAUGUUAACUGACUUUUUCAUACUUUUUGGGGUUUUUUUUAGUUUGUUUUUUUGAUGCAGCAGUCUCCGUGGUCUCAAACAACUUUUUUGGAUCCCAGAAUCCUACAGUUCAAAGGGUUUGGAUUAUUUGUUUGACAUUUGGGGUUUUUUUGUAGUUUUGUAGGCUUUUAAUAGUUUAAUGUAAUGAUGCCUUUAUCAUUCUGGAUAAAUUAUUCAGAUGUUUAAUUGCCUAAUACCAUGUUAAAGUCAAAUUCACGUGUAAGUUGCUGGGUGUGCAGCUGCUGUCGUCCGCCCUGGUCCUUCCGCUGCCGUGUAGCCGCGGUGCCCCUCUGGUGGGAGUUUGUUAGAGAGCCAGGAGACCGACGUUAACCCUCUAGUUCUUUUUCGUUUUUGUCCUUUUUACCUUUGUUAUGCUUUGCUUUCUUAAUAUUUAAAUGUAUAUUACUGGCAUAUACAUGUAGUCAGAUGGCACACGCUCCCCCCCACGCCUUCCCCCCACCCACUACUACCCCCCACCUUUGCCUUUCACUUGGUAAUUUGGUUUUGGUUCGGUCAAGAGAACGUUUUCUUAACUGUGUUACAUAAUGUGUGGUAGUCCAGUUGUACGGCAUCUUAAGAUGUCAUUUUUCUAACAGUAUGCUCACUUUAGCCAUUAAAAAAAUAGCAAUUUAUGUAGCAAUUUGAUCAUUCAUGAUUGUGAAGAAAGCUCUUCCACACACAGCCUGUGGUAGAGACACCUUACAUCAGAUUGAUAUUGCUCAAAUGGUGUUUUCUUAGACAAAAGUUCACUUUUAAAGGUGCAAAGAUUAGUUGUGUGUUUUGUUGUUUUUUUUUUUUUGUUUUUGUUUAAUUAGCCAAGUGUCAUGUUAAAAAUACAGAACUACCUUGCUUUCUAUUCAUAAAUAAAGGAGUAGCUGAAAGUGUCACACUGUUUAGCGUAUGUGGCACAGUGGUACGUAGCUGAGUCGAUACCAUGACAUCUGUCCAGGACUUGCUAACACAGCUGUGUGCAUCUGGGGGGUGUGCACAGCAACACUGAAUUGUGCCACUGAAGGCUUGAAAAACAGUCUCAGAAUGUUUAGGAGAAAGUAAGUCCGAAUAUUUUGUAGUAGUUAAUUUUAAAUGCCAAACUUUCUCCCCAUAACUUAAGCGCCACUGAAAAUGUUAAUUUCUGUACAUGUGCAAAGAAUUGUUAAGAACCGAUUUAUUGGUAUGGGAGGGGUGUAGAAGAGUAUGGAUUUGAGAAGGGUGUGUGUACACACCCACACAAAUAAAAAUGCACAAAAUUUUCA